AAUAGAAAUUAGAGUAAGUAUUACAUUUCCCCGCGAUACAAUGCGUGGCUUGAUUAGGUUCCCGGUAACAGUGAGUGGUUGAAAUAGAGUCGAAGUUUGAUAAGUUUUUCCUUGCAUCUUCAACAAGUCCACUUACGGAACCUGCCAAAACAUGGUUCAUGGAAUUGAUCACACCAAAUUUAAUAAGAUUUUUGUACCCUAUCGCAACCACACAUUUAAUUCCUUUUCAGAGUGAUGAACCUUCAGUAAAUAGAAUGGAACCCUCCGAAUGAAGAGCCUCACCUCCGGCCAUCAAUAUUGUUCCAUUUUUGUUACGAAAACAAAUUGCAAGCUUGUUCUCGACCUUCCUCUUUCGGCUCUAUCAAAGUUCAAUUUGAAAAACCGGCGGAGAACAAUCCACCUGCUUCCCAAGACUAGCAACCCCAUGACUCGCACCCUUUUGUGGGUUGUGCAAGAAGUGUUUUGCUCUUUCAUGUUGGAGCAGUUGGAUCAAGUCUUUAUGUUUAUGAAAUUGUUCAACAAAUAAAAGCGAGCACUACUGAGACUCGAUUUCUUUGCAUUUUUAUGUUUCCGGUGAUUGUGGGUGGUUUCCGGUAGUGGCUGAGGUGGCGGAUAAGGUGAUGGAGCCAGCGGUGAUGGGGAAAGAGAAUGGACAGACCUAUUGGGGGUGAGAAACUGGGAAUCAAUUUACAAGGCUUUGGGAUUAAGUGAAAAAGAAAAGACGGUAAAGGGAAUGACAAAUGAGGCAACAACAAAGGGAAUGCUGCCAGUUUAUUCUCUUUCGAUGGAAAGAAGAUCAAAGGAAUCCUUUAGAACCAUGAUAAAGAACAACAAGAUUUACAUGGACCUAAAAGAGAUACUGAGGGAGCAUUCCCUUCGCUAUCUCCCAGCAAAAGCCCUUUACAGGUCACUUUCAGUAUGUAGAGAUUGGAAGCUUCAGAUCUCAAGUCCCUUCUUCGUGCAUAACCAGUCAAUUUCAUUUUCCUCAGUAUCAGGCUUCUUUCUACAGUCACCAGAAAAUCAAAAUCCUCCCUCUUUUGUUACCCAUAACAGAAUGGCUUAUGGUGUGCCUGAUCAGGAACUUAAGUUCUUACCAGAGCCAGUUGAUUUAAAGGCCUCUGCUAAUGGUCUUCUUUGCUGUCAAAGUCGAACUGGGGAAAAGCUGUACUAUGUCUGUAACCCUGUUAACCAGCAUUGGAAGAAAAUUCCUAAGCCUUCUGAGAAUCAUGGUCCUAAUCCUAUGAUUGCUCUCGCGUUUGAACCAUCACUGCUGAACUUUUCAGCUGAUUACAAGCUAGUUUGCAUUUUUCCGUCUAAUGACAUUGAGGAAGCGUAUGAAUUUGAGAUCUACUCCUCGUUGCAAGAUUCCUGGAAAGUUUCAUCAGAGAUGUACUUUAGCAAAGGAAAGCUACAGUGUAUUAGAGGGGAUUACUCCAAUGGAGUUAUCUAUUGGCCAACAACUUCUGGGAAACUUUUGAUUUUUGAUGUGAAGAAAGAAAAAGUGAAGCAAACUUAUGCACACCUUGGAAAGUCUAUAGGGAUGGUGAAUGGGAAGCUCUGCAAUUCUUUCUCAACAGGUUUGUCCAUUACGGUGAACGUACUACAAAGCUUACAUGCUAAUACACUGCCAAUGAGAUCUAAGACUGAUACAUGGAAGGUGGAGCAUAAAGUUCAGUUGAAUGCUGCAGAUAUUCAGCUUCAGAGAAAUGAUCAGCUACGAGUUCUGUUCACAUGGGAUAAUUUGAUUCUGUUACGAGCUGAUGGAGUAUGUUGGUUUUCCACAGAGCAAAGCCAUAUGAGCAUGGAGUCAAUAACCAUGUCAAGUAUGGUACGGCCAGGUAUACGGUUCAUUAUACCGCUAUUCCAGAAUCUUGUUAUAAUCUCCUUCCUCAGAAUCUCUGCCUCUAGCCUUGGGAGUUGCAAUAUCUCCGUCAGAACGUUGCGGAUCAUGUUCAUCAGUUCAAUUCUAUGCAACCGAGUUAUUAACUCGUCGUGACGGCUUUGACUCAUUGGAACCAUGGGGAUCGAUCGAUCGAUCUGUUAAUUAUGAGAGACGAGGAUUCUAUAUAAGUUUAUGAUGCUACUUUAGCUGGUCGUAUUUAUAGUUACAAGUCCUAAUACGAAUCAUACUCCUUAAAUUUAUUAGAAUUUUAGAGAUUUGCUAAUACUUAGUUUCCUUGGACAAAGGGAUUUGCUAAUACAAACUGGAAAAGGAAUUUUACUUUA